CCAUAAAGCCUGCUUCCCUGAUCCCAUAGUGGCAGCUCCAUCAUCAGCUCUUGAUUGGUUCAAAACAACAGACGCUCAGUCCUGGCCGGGCUGCCUGCACUCCACUUUCUAGCUGUCUCCUAGGGGCUGGACUGAAGCCUAGGAGCCUCAGCUGCUAGCAUCCAGGGGCAGGAUGUCUGCUAACAAAGGCUGGUGGGUACCACCUGAGAGUGAAGACAGUGUGUCUGAGAAGUUCCUGAGGAAGACCAGGGAGUCUCCACUGAUGCCUAUAGGCUUAGGAGGCUGCCUGGUAGUGGCAGCUUACAGGAUUUACCGACUGAAGGCUCGUGGUCCCACCAAGCUGUCCAUACACCUGAUUCACACCCGAGUGGCAGCGCAGGCCUGUGCUGUGGGUGCAGUCAUGCUGGGUGCUGUGUACACAAUGUACAGAGACUACAUCAAGAGAACAGCCCAGGAUGCUGGGGAGAAGUAAGAUUCCUAUAGGGCCUGGGGCAGGCAGACCCUCUUAGAUCAACCCCUGAUACACACCUAAUAAAGUUGUUUUGAAGAAAGAGUCUU